AUGUCAAUUACUUACAAAUUAUCCAAUAAGCCAAUUCAUGACCAUUCCUAUUCUCCGGAUGGGUCAAUCAUGGCAAUUACCAAAGAAAACAUUGUUGAAAUCUAUCAAGUUUCAUCAAAACCAACUUUGAUCACUACUUUAAAAGGUCAUGAUAAAACAGUUGCCUCUGUUGAUAUCUCAAUUGAUGGUAAGAUUUUAACUUGUUCCCAAGAUAGAAAUGCAUUAGUUUGGGAUUGGGAUCAAAGCAAGAAUGAAUAUGUUCCAACCUUGGUUUUAUUAAGAAUUAAUAGAUCUGCUAAUUAUUGUAGAUGGAGUCCAAAUGGUAGUAAAUUUGCAGUUGCAUCAAGUGAUAGAAUUGUCGCUGUUUGUUAUUAUGAAGAAGAAAAUAAUUGGUGGGUUUCUAAACAUUUGAAGAAACCUAUCAAAUCAACCAUCACUUCAUUAGAUUGGCAUCCAAAUAAUGUAUUAUUAGCUACUGGUUCAACUGAUGGUCAUGUUAGAGUCUUUUCCAGUUUUAUCAAAGGAUUAGAUGAAAAACCUGAAGGAAGUGUUUGGGGAACAAAAUUACCCUUCCAAACUUUAUGUGGAGACUUCACCAAUGAAACUGGUGGUUGGGUUCAUGAUGUUAAAUUUUCAUUAGAUGGUGACUCUGUAGGAUUUGUUAGUCAUGAUUCCUCAUUAACUAUUGUCUCACCACAAGGUGAAGGUGUCCCACCAGUUUUUGUUAAUACUUUCACUAGUCAUUUACCUUUCAAAGCUUUAUCGUUCAUUGGACCAAAUUCUGUUGUGGUUAGUGGUCAUAACUUAAACUUAUUGGUUUUUGAAGGUCCUAAUUGGCAACAAACAAGAGUAGUUGAUCAAACUGUCAAAGCUGUUGCCAAAGUCGAUGAAGACGAAGAAAUCUCUAGUCAUGACGCUUUGAAUAUGUUCAGACAAUUAGAUUUAAAAGGUAGAGUCAAAGAAAAGUCUACCAACGGUGGUGCUGACCAUACAAAUACAGUUGAAAGUAUUAGAAUCGUCAACGGUAAAGUCAGUACCAGUGGUAUUGAUGGUAAAGUAGUUAUCUUCUCUGUUUAA